AUGAAUGAUGAAGUUUCACCGCAGGUGGAAGAUGAGAAGGAAAGAGGAGAAAACGAUAUAAAGAAAGUGGAACAAUUCCUGAAGAACCUUGUGGAAAACCCUGAAUGGGCCCGCUCCUUACCGUACGUGAAGCUGAAUGCUACUGUUCCAAAAAACAUACAGUUGAAGCUCAUAACGCACGCCUACAUCAAUGUCAACAUGAGACCGAAAUAUAUGACGAUCCUGACCAAAAGCGUGGAUGCGGGAGACCUCGCUCAUUUCGUCAAGGUAUGGUGA